GUCUUCUGCUCAAAGCAAAGCCUUCCUUACUGAAACUCAUCAUCCAUUCCCCCUUACCUUUUCAUCUUUUAACCACAUCCUCCAGGCAUCAUGUCUACCCCAGUCUCCCCAUCCCCAUCUCUCUCCCCAUUGACGUUGGCCUCCCCUACAUCUGCAACCUCCCCUGGUGCCUCCCCUUUGCCAUCGCCUCUCUCCCCUCCGCCCAGGGUGCCUGUGUUUCAAAGGAAGGGAGCGCUCAAACACAAAAGGAUUGUUGAGGUGAAAGACCACCAGUUUACAGCACGCUUCUUCAAACAGCCCACCUUCUGCAGUCACUGCACCGACUUCAUAUGGGGCAUCGGGAAACAGGGAUUCCAGUGUCAAGUUUGCAGUUUUGUGGUCCACAAAAGAUGUCACGAGUUUGUGACCUUCACGUGUCCCGGCUCUGUGACUGCCCCCAGACCAGAUGACCUGAAAAGUCGACACACAUUUAAGAUCCACACUUACUCCAGUCCCACAUUUUGUGACCACUGCGGCUCAUUGCUGUACGGCCUCAUACACCAGGGCAUGAAAUGUACCAGUUGUGACAUGAACGUCCAUCGGCGAUGUGAGACCAGCGUCCCCAGUCUAUGUGGCCAGGAUCACACAGAGAAGAGAGGAAGAAUCCAUCUGACCAUCAGAGGAGAAAAGGAGGACAUCUAUGUCACAGUUCGGGAGGCUCGGAACCUGAUGCCUAUGGAUCCAAAUGGCUUGUCAGACCCGUAUGUUAAAUUGAAAUUGAUUCCAGACCCAAAGAGCCACAGCAAACAGAAGACUAAGACCAUCCGCUCAACACUCAAUCCCGUCUGGAAUGAGAGUUUCACCUUCUCAGUGCGUGGCCACCAGUGGGACAGGCGUCUGUCUGUGGAGGUAUGGGACUGGGACCGGACGUCUAGGAACGAUUUCAUGGGGGCGCUGUCGUUUGGUGUGAGUGAGAUCUUCAGGCGUCCGAUCAGUGGUUGGUUCAAACUGCUGGCCCAAGAUGAGGGAGAGUACUACAACAUUCCUGUGCCAGACCCAGACCUGCAGGAGCCUCAGCCAGAUGCAACUACACCUUCUCUGCCUCAAGCAAUGCCUGUCCCUCUGUCUGAACCAUUCCCUGUGGCCCUGUCCCCGACCCCCGUCCCUUCCUGCAUCCCUGUCCACACCCCGGGCCCUGGCAAAGUUAAAAUGGGCAUCCACGAUUUCAACUUCCUCAUGGUUCUUGGAAAAGGCAGCUUUGGCAAGGUGCUGCUGGCAGAGGAGCGAGGCAGCGAGCGUCUGUUUGCCAUAAAAGUGCUGAAGAAAGAUGUUCUCUUCCAGGACGAGGACACGGAGAGCGCUCUAGUAGAGAGGAGGGUUCUUGCACUUCCCUCUCGUCCUCACUUCCUCACGUCCCUCUACUGCGCGUUCCAGACUGAGGACCGACUGUAUUAUGUGAUGGAAUAUGUCAACGGAGGAGACCUGAUGUUUCACAUUCAAAUAGUUGGGAAGUUCAAAGAGCCUCACGCAGCGUUUUAUGCUGCAGAGAUAGCAGUCGGCCUCUUCUUCCUCCACAGCAAAGGCAUCAUCUACAGGGAUCUAAAGCUGGAUAAUGUGCUGCUUGACAGCGAGGGCCACAUAAAGAUAGCAGACUUUGGGAUGUGCAGGGAGGGCAUGUUCGAGGGUGACACCACGCGUACCUUCUGCGGCACUCCUGACUACAUUGCCCCCGAGAUUGUGGCGUAUCAGCCAUAUAAUAAAGCAGUGGACUGGUGGUCUUAUGGAGUACUGAUGUACGAAAUGCUGGCAGGACAGCCACCAUUUGAUGGCAUUGACGAGGAGGAGCUGUUUCAGUCCAUCAUGGAGCAGAGCGUCUCAUACCCGAAAAAUCUCUCUCGGGAAGCUGUAGCUAUCUGCAAGGGACUCCUGACAAAGCACCCAGCCAAGCGCCUGGGUGGAGGAGAGGAUGCAGAGAGGGAGAUCAGGGAGCAUCCGUUCUUCCGCUGGAUAGACUGGGACCGUCUGGAAAGACUGGAAAUCCCACCACCCUUCAAACCCAGAACUGGUGGGAGGAAAGGUGAGAACUUUGACAAGUUCUUCACGGCCGCUCAAACAGCGCUCACUCCUUCAGACCCGGAUGUACUUGCAGCCAUCAACCAGGAAGACUUCCAAGGCUUCUCCUUCACCAACCCAGACUUUGCUCCGUCACCUCUCACCGCUGUUUGAAAAUGGCUCCCAAAUCUGCUCCAGCAACCGUUCCAAGUCUACCCAGUUUACCCUGUUAUCCUUCUGAUUGUAGUUUUAUAGCAGAGAAUUUGAACUUGAGAGCUAGCAAAGAGUAUUACACCUCUCAUAACCAAAUUCUGACGUUUACAUGAAAAUGCCAAGACACCUCGAUAUUCAGGCACUCUCUUUGAUGCAUGUCUAUUAGCUCACUCCUCACAGAAUGUGUAUCAACACUGCAAACAUAGUCGAUACUAUGGAUUGCCAUCUUAGACUUUUUUAUAAGACUUAACUUGAUCUAAAGGUACUGUAGUAUGAACAUGAUAAAAAAAAAAUCUCUAUGCAUGUAACUAGUUUUUAUAGUACUAGACUAUCCAAGAAAGAUGCUUUACUUUCCUUUACUUUAAACUAAGAUCAUCACAUGUUGUGCACACAUGUAAUUUACCAGUGAUAUUUUACCAGUCUGGUUUUCAUUCAUGCAGCUAUACAGACCACACAGUAUGUUAAAAACAGGCCAUCUUAUCAUUAUGAUGCCAAUUCCAGUUUAGCAUUGAGUAAUGCCCAUUACACCUACAAUGUGUCUUUUGAAUAUCUAUCUCACUCUAUUUUUUGUGACUGUCUUAGCUCUCUAUUCUGACAUUUGGACAGUAAAGCUAACUGAGCGGGUAGCCAUUUUUAGGCAUUUAUUUAUUUUAUAAGAGAGGCGUCCUGUGGAAGCGUUUAGUCAGACUCCUCUGGCCUGGCUUGACCUCUCGGAUUAACGUCACACCAGUGACUUCAGAUGACCCACUGAGAUGCUUAAACAAUGCAGUUAGCACAACGUGACAGUUAAUGCAGACCACAGCAUUGCUCCACCCAAACACCCACCCACUCAGGCUCACACUGUUUGGACUGUAACGUCACCGGAAGGAAGUCCGCACAUGACAGUUGCAUCAUUUUUUGAUUCUUGAGCACGCUAUGGAAUAUGGCCUAUCUGCAUUGCAACUACAGAUAUCCUAUUACUCCAAGUAAACGUUACAGUUUUAUGAAUAAAAGCCUCCAUUUAAUGUCUUUUCCCGACAAGAGGCUUAUUAGUUUGUACAGGUACAUAUACUUAUGAUUUUAAUGGUGUAGGCCGUAAAGCUUUUUGCUGCGUAAUGACGUGCUCACAGCAUUGAUUAGGAGUAAUUAAAAGUGAGGCGCACUGGGACUGUUCAAUACAUGGAAAAAUAACAGCAGUGCUGUCAUUAAGCCCUAUCUGAACGGAGCAGGUGGCUGCAAACAUACUGGGCAAAAAUCCCAUCCCUGUGCUCUUAUCUAAUGAACCAGCUGGUCAUUUUACACAUAAAUAUGGUUUAUUUUGUUAAAUGUAUCUCUAUGAUUUUUUUUUCUUCAUGUACAGUUUUGCGUUAAGUGCACAUCUGUUUGCCUGUUAUUUUAGAUAAGCUUGAGCUGAAGUCAAAUGUCACUGCACACAAUCUUUCAAUACAGUAAUUACAA